GCGCGCGGAGACUCGGACGCUACGCUUCGGCUCUUGGCGGGCAAUGCAGCUGUCAACACGCUGGACGAAUGCGGAGAUGCGCCGCUUGUGGCUGCGGCCCGCGGUGGCCGCACUGCUGUGGUGGGGACGCUGCUGCUUAGAGGGGCGGCCGUCGAUGUGGCCAACUGCAAUGGUUGGACGGCGCUGAUGCAGGCCUCGUGGAAAGGGUACAUCGACUUGAUAGAGUUGCUAUUGAGGAGCGGAGCC